AUGGAGUCUGCUCUCUGUGGUGUGAAGCUAUGGUCCACAUAUAACAACUAUGGUAUCACCCUUGAAAUUUUUGUUGACCCAAGCUCAAGAGAUCUCAUUGACUUUCUAUUAGUUUUGGAAUAUGUGUUGAUUCGUGCUAUCUCAAGUCCUCCUUUUAGAAAUUAUCGUGUGUGGUUGUCUCUUGCUAAUACCAAGUAUGGUGGAACUACUUUAUUUAUAAAAAAAACCUAUUUCAACCAAAGAAGGUGUCCUUUUCUCAUGAACAUUCAGAAAGUUUGUGAUUCAAAGAAUGAAUCAGAUGGCCAAGUUAUAUUGGCUAAGUUUGACUAUUUUUGCUUUCUGAAUGCAUAUGUUCCUAAUGGCUGGAAAGACGAUGAUUCCUCUUUCAAACGCAGACGUAAAUGGGAUAAAAGAAAGCUGGAGUUUGUUUGUCAUUCUUCAGACAAGCCAUUGAUUUGGUGUAGGGAUCAAAAUGUGAGCCAUCAAGAUAUCGAUGUGAGCCAUCCAGAAUUUUUCAGCAGUGCCAAGCUCAAUGGUUAUGUAUUGCCAAAUAAAGAGGAAGAUUGUGGACAGCCUGGAUUUACCAUUGCUGAAAGGCAGCGGUUCUCUACUAUAUUGUCAGAGGGAAAACUGCUGGAUGCUUAUAGGUUUCUUCACAAAGAACAAGAUCUAGAGGGGGGCUUCUCUUGGUCGGGGAACCCAGUUGACAAAUACAAGGGGAAGAGGAUGAGGAUAGACUACUUUUUAGUCUCUGAGAAACCCGAAGACAAGCUUGUUGCUUGUGAAAUUUAUGGGAAAGGGAUUGAAAUAGAAGGGUUCAAUGGCAGCAAUGACUGCCUGGUUUCACUCGAGUUGUCCCUGUCAAUGAGGCCAAUGGGGUUUAAAUAUAUGCACAAAUACAAGUUCCUCUUAGGAUUGUGGCAUCUGAAACCAGUAGAGAAAAAUAUGCCAUGUUGGAUGGCAAGGAGAAGAUGA